UUCACAACAGUCAGAUUACAGUAAUACUACGCUGCUUUCUCUGGAUGUGGCGUCAUGAAAACUGUACACUCCCUCCAUGUCAACAGUGCGGAAAUCUGAGCGUUGGGCGGAUUGUUUAACCAGUUCACUUCCCCCUCAUGCAGGCUAUUACGCCUGUGUGACACAAUCAGUAGCAACAGGCAUGCAACUAUCCCAAGUCAGCGGCUGAGGUGAAGUUUUGGAUUUAUAUUUGUGUUUUUCUCUCAGUCAUGAUGGAUAACUCGGACGCAGCCGGGGCCUCUACUCGCAGGAGAAGGGCUACGUCGGCGGCGGGGAGAGGUGCGUGUCUGCAGCCGAUGAACGGGAGGUCUGCGGCGGUGUGUCAGAGCACAGUGACCGCUGACAUUAACAGAGACAAUGGCCUGAAAAAACGGGAUCAUUCUUUGGAGACAACCCGGUCUAAAACAAAAAGGGAGAAAAAGAAACGCAGGAAUGACGUUGGUGAAGGACUGAGCUGUCACAAAACCCAGGAGUCCCUGCUGAGUUCAGCCAGUGGUUACAACAACUACAGAGGAAUUCUCAACUGGUGUGUGGUGAUGCUGGUGCUGAGUAAUGCUCGCCUCUUCUUAGAAAACCUGUUAAGGUACGGUAUUUUGGUGGACCCCAUUCAAGUGGUUUCCUUGUUUCUGAAGGAUCCUUAUAGCUGGCCGGCAGCAUGCCUUGUAAUUGUGUGCAAUGUGUUCAUUCUGGUGGCUCUUUACACAGAAAGGCAAUUGUCAAAGGGUUCAUUUAGUGAACUUGUGGGUUUUCUGGUCCAUUGCAUCAACAUGGCCAUCAUGCUAACAUUCCCUGCUGCAGUGGUACUAUUGGUCCCUUCUAUGACCCCAGUUGGUGGUGCGUUCGCACUUGGUACUUACACCAUUCUGUUCCUGAAGCUGUACUCCUAUAAGGACGUCAACAUGUGGUGUAGGGAGCUGAGCACUGUCAAGGCCAAGAAACUGGCCAGAUCACUGUCUUGUCCCUCAGCACAGCACUUCAAUGGAGGCGACCGUAAGGUGUGUUAUCCUGGUAACCUCACCAUCAGAGACAUGUACUACUUUGUCUUUGCUCCGACUCUGUGCUACGAGCUCAACUUUCCUCGCUCCCCCAAGAUUCGCAUGAGUUUCUUGCUGAGGAGACUGUUUGAGAUGCUGUUCUUCAUCCAGAUGCUAGUUGGUCUUACUCAACAGUGGAUGAUUCCCAUCAUUCAAAGCUCCAUGAAACCACUUGAGGACAUGGAUCUGUCCAGGAUGACUGAGAGACUCUUGAGAUUAGCUGUCCCUAACCACUUGCUGUGGUUGAUGUUUUUCUACUGGUUCUUCCACUCAUCUCUGAACUUCUCAGCUGAGCUGCUGCGCUUCGGAGACAGACAGUUCUACAAUGACUGGUGGAACUCUGAGACGGUGACAUAUUUCUGGCAGAACUGGAACAUCCCUGUUCACAAGUGGUGUCUACGCCACUUUUACAAGCCACUACUGAGGAGGGGGUUUAGUAAAAUAGUCAGCCAAUCAGCAGUUUUCUUCUUGUCGGCCUUUUUCCAUGAGUACCUGGUGAGUGUUCCUCUGAGGAUGUUCAGACUGUGGGCCUUUAUGGGCAUGAUGGCUCAGCUUCCAUUAGCCUGGUUUGUCAGCCGCUUCCUGCGUGGUAACUACGGCAAUGCAGCAGUGUGGAUGUCACUCAUCAUUGGCCAGCCAUUCGCUGUCCUGAUGUACGUCCAUGACUACUAUGUCCUGCACUACAGACUGGAGGCUGACUGAUGCACACACACAAACAAACUCUUCUUCUAUCUGUCUCUCUUAUACACACAAACAAACAAACAGACACAUAAAUAUCACUAGAAUCAAGUGCAAACUAACAGUUUCUAUAUGGCAGGAUUAGCUACAUCCUGAUCAUAAACCUGUUUACAUUGGAUCGAAAUUUCACCCUGCUGGGAAAGAUAAAUGGUAUAAUAUUUAAAGUGGACAGUGUAAACAAUAAGGUUAAUCUUGAAGCACUACUGUAACUUAGAGAGGAAGGUUUCACUUCUGUAUCAAGUGAUAUACAAUAAUAUGGCAGCGUGUUACUCAGGUGAUUUUUCUUCCAGCGUCCUGGAAAAAUCCUCAGGCGGUCAGUUUGAGCUCAAAUGUUAGUUGAAUGGAUAAUCUAUCUAUUUGUAUUUUGUACUGAAAAAACUGCAGACUGAAGCGUUUUGUUGAUUUUUACAAUAUAGGUUUUGUUCCUUUUCAGUUUGUGGACAGUAAGGUGAAGUUGACAACAUGAUAGAAGUGCCUUGGUAGAAGUUAUGAUAGAGAUAUAUUCUCUGCUGUGUUUCUUCCUUCCUUUAUUCCGAGCCAAGGGGCCUUAAUCCAUCAGGCUUUACUGCGAGGAAGAACAUCAAUAGAAAAAAUGAAUGUAUGCAGUUAGGAUUUUAUUGAUGUAUGAUUUUUAUUUCAAUGAUGUUUCACUUUGUCAGGCAUGAAAAGACCAAUGUUAUGUCUAUGUUUUGUGUGUGUGUGUCUACCAGAAGUGCCAUUAAUACAGCUCAAAUACAAUCACUUCAACACUUAAAAUUUUUUUUUUUGAUCAGCAAAAAAACAAACAAACAAACAAAAAAAGCAUGGUACGCACAUUUUUUUUUUAUGUUAGUAUCCCAGUGGACUGCUGCCAAGUAAUGAUGUCUAUCUAAAUACAACAUGUGUCUGAAAAUAAAGAGUUAUAUUUAAGUCUU